ACGGCACGCCAUCUUUUUUUCCUCACAAACAUUUUUUUCUCGUCCUGCUUUGUGGGUGUGUUCUUUGGAAAACCAAGGAAAAAUCGCACGGAAUACCAUCAAAACAAAGGGAAAAAUCCUCUUAAAACCAGCUCAGUGGUAUACCGAAUACCACAAAUCAGUUACAGAGCCGAAGGAGCAGCAGCUCCAGCCACAUACAUAUUCAUACAUAAUGCCACGCUACCGCGAAUGGGAUUUGGCCUGCAAAGUGUACGUGGGCAAUCUGGGAUCCUCGGCCUCCAAAUACGAGAUCGAGAACGCCUUCAGCAAAUACGGACCCUUGCGCAACGUCUGGGUGGCCCGCAAUCCGCCCGGUUUCGCCUUCGUCGAGUUCGAGGAUCGUCGCGACGCUGAGGAUGCGACCCGUGGCCUGGACGGCACCCGCUGCUGUGGCACCCGCAUCCGUGUUGAGAUGUCUUCUGGUCGUUCACGGGAGGGUCGCGGCGGCGGCGGAGGAGGUGGCGGCGGCGGUGGAGGAGGCGGUUCCGGUGGCGGGGGCCGCGGUGGUGGCAGUGGCGCCCGUGCUGGAGGCGGUGGAAGAGCUGGCGAUGGCGGCGGUCGUUAUAGGAUAAAGUCUUCUUCUUCUACUACAACAAGCACAACAAGAACUACUACAACAACAACAUCAAUAAUAAUAAUAAUAAUAAUUAAAAGAACAACAAAGAAAAAAGAAAAAACAACAACAGCUACUACUACUAGAACUUCUACUACUCCUCUUCCUUCAACAACAACAACAACUACAACCAAAAGAACAACAACUACAGCUACUACAAGAACAACUAGUACAACAGCAGAACCUGCUCCUCCUAUUACACACAUUUCACCACCACCACCUCCAACAACAACAACUACUACAACAACAACAAAAACAACAGCCACCACACCACCACCAUGCAAUAACAAUUUGUUGUGCGGCCCUAACCAGAAAUUCAACAAAUUCGAUAUAUUCCGCUGACCACAAAACCAAGAACCACAAACAAACCGAACGACCGCAACACUCCACCCCUCCACCACCUGUUCAGCUCGACCCAGGCAAAAAAAAAACAAUGAACAGAAAAAAAAUGAAUCAUCAGCAACGUCUCCGGCUCCGCAGCUUCAAGAAUAAUGCACCCAAAACCAGACCGAACCACUCACAAUCACCUAACCAUACAUUCCACUCUGGGGCACACGACUAGCUCUGUAGAACCAUAGAAAAGAAAGCAAUUUAUAUCGGUUUUAUGAACAAGAAUAAUCAUCAAUCUAUGCAUAUUUUCUAAAGAAAUUAGCUGUCAAAAGUUUGGUCUUUUUUCUUUGCAAUAAGAGAAUAUUGCAUUGGAAUAAAAAUAGGAUUUAGCAAACGAGGAUGGUCGUUUGCCCCAGAGUGCAUUCCACAUUUCCACAUCAUUUAUAGUCUGUUAGUUGGCAACAUCUUCAGGCUACACAACAGACACUCACAAA